CAGGAAUUCCGCUUUCUAAUCGGGAUAUCGUGAGGCUUCAUAUCCAAAUUUCUCCUCCCACUCCCACUCCCACUCCCACUCCCACUCACUAUCGCCGCCAAUGACCGGGCAGUCCAAUUCUGGAGCUAUCUUGAGUCUUGCCUACAAGCUACAAUCUACACCCAAUGGACUGCGCCCCCCGCGACUUCUUUUUCUGAUCCAAACUAUCUCGAGUGCUCCUUCUCUCUCCGAACUCUCGCGUUGCCUUGAAUUGAUAUCCAGUCUGGACCCCGCUUGUCUUCAUCACCUACUUCGUACAUCCAUCUGCAUCCAACUCAGACCCCCAGCUAGCCAGCCCCAGCGUCGCAUUGCACAUCUCCAUCCCCAUCGCACAUCUCAGCCCAACUUGACCUCAAACCAACCCAACCCAACCCCGACGCGGGUCCACCACAAUCCUGGAAGUUGAUAGCCCAACCGCAUCAUAUCCAUACAUCCAUAUCAUACCUGGUUACUUAGCAAGGCAGCAGCACUGGCUGACAGCGUCAACUUUCUUACCACGCUCGAAGCGCACAUCCGCCCACAUCCCAUCGCGGCUUCACGAAGCUUACGCACCUUGUACCACGAUACCCAUUUGCGGUGCCUGUACCCACCGCCGCACUUCUGCGCACAAUCCAAACGCCUACGUCGUGCCAAAGGCGGCGCACCGAGCAGGCGUACGGCCCAAUGAAGCAAGACUUUCCACCUCAAGCGCCAAUUCGUUGACCGCGAGAGAGCGACCGCGCAAGAGAGGAGCCGUGAGCCCCGCGAGAGCCGCAAUCGAAAACAAAAUCCGGGGUAAACCGAGGCGCGAUACUCCGUACUCCUCCGUACCUGCGAUUCACCCUACCUGACCCUACGCUACCUCAAACGCCGUCGCCGAUUUCCUCGAAGAGUGGAGGGCACGGAAAAUUCCAUACCUGGACCGAUCUCCAGACGAACGCCUCAUCAAACAAGCUGGACGACGACGGGGCGCAGACAGGUAGGAUAGCAUACAGAGGGGAGCAUGACUUCCAAUUCGCGCCCCUCUCCUCGGACUUCCAAUAGCGGUGCUGGUCCUCCUGCCAAACGAGCCCGAGUCUCAUCGCCCGAUCAAUCGGUACCGGUGGCCGAGAGUCCGCGCACUACGGAGGAGGGUGAUUUACCUAGUCAGCCAUUGCCGGAGAAGACGGGGAGUAAGGCAGGACAAUCGAGUAGCUUUCGCAAUGUGAGUGCUUGCAAUCGUUGUAGAUUGAGGAAGAAUCGGUGUGACCAGCGAUUGCCGAGUUGUGCAAGCUGUGAAAAGGCGAAUGUGAAAUGCGUGGGCUAUGAUCCAAUUACCAAGAGAGAAAUACCAAGGAGGUGAGUUUCGCAUAAUCUUUUUGCUGAUUAGGAAGGAUCAAGUUACCGACACUCGCUAUGCGGUAGGGCCGAAGUCAUGUUUUGUUAACCUGUAAUCGCAACAGUUACGUCUUUUAUCUCGAAUCCCGAGUGGCCCAUUUGGAAAAAGUCCUAGAAGACAAUGGCAUACCAUUUGCGCCAGCAGAUGUUCUCGAGCAUGCGUCUCGACCAGGCGCAGAUCCAAACCUCAUUCAGACCCCAAGCGAUGAUGGAAGACAGUCCUACAUAGGAAGCGAGAUAGCUUCAAGCUCCCACAAGAAUAACCCCAUGUCCCAUUUAGGAAAUGUGUCAAUGCAAGGUGCUUCGGACUCACGUCAUUUGGGCUCUGCAACGGGCAUAUCAUUUGCGCGCGUGGUUUUUGCUGCUGUGAAAUCUUCGGUAUCUGGAUCCACGAGUGAUAAGAGUGGUGUGAGACCUUCCAGACCUCCCAUUUCAAGCAAGGCCGCUGGACCUGGAACUGGAGGAACUUCGAUGAGAGAGUCAUUUUUCGGGCUCCACACGAAACCUAUGAUGAAACAAGCACCGUUGCCAUCGAAAGAACUGGGAGGUCGGCUCGUGAAUUUCUACUUCGAACAUGCAAAUCCUCAAAUCCCAAUUUUACAUCGUGGUGAAUUCAUGAAAAUGUUUGAGCUAGCGUAUGCAGAAGGAGAUGCGAGAGUUCGGACGGCGAGGGAAUUAUUCAUGCUGAAUAUCGUCUUUGCGAUUGGCGCGGGCAUCUUCCUUGGAGAUUCGUCUGAUCGCGAGCAGAAAGAUGGAACGGACGAGGGGAAAGACCCAACCAUCGGCCAACAAUAUCAACCUGAAGAAUACCACGCCUCGGCCAUUAUUCAUCUGGAACCUUGUCUGGAUAGACCGGAGGGUUUUGGUAGUGGACUUGACGAGUUGCAAUAUGUCUUACUCUUAGCAGGCUUUGCUCUUUUGAGACCAGUGGCUCCUGGUUUGUGGUAUAUCAUUGGAGUUGCGGUUCGCUUGGCUGUAGAUCUUGGCCUUCAUCAUGAGGAUGGUAACGGUGUUGAUGUUGGCCUGGAAGAUCCAUUGCAAGAUGUCCCUGAAACCGAUCUCGCUCGACAACAAAAACUACGAACUAUUUUUCGAGAAAAGGGGCGGCGGGAGUGGAUUCGAGACUUUCGUCGCCGCCUAUGGUGGUGCGCCUACUCAUUCGAUCGACUGGUAUCAACCUGCGUGGGACGACCAUUUGGUAUAUCAGAUCAAGUCAUUACAACAGAAUUUCCUUCCUUAUUAGAUGAUAAAUACAUUACGCCAGCCGGAUUCCAGCAACCACUUGGAGUAGAGAAUGAACCUUCUUACAAACAUGCCGCUUACCAUUACUUUCGAUUAAGAUUACUGCAAUCGGAGAUUUUGCAGGUCUUACAACAUCAGCAAGCACAACAGGCUCGAGCGGGCGGCGCAAAUCAACGAAAUCCAUACAUGCACACCGCAUUACCUUCACCAUUUCUGGCAAAGUUCGGUACUUUCAGAUCAUGGCGUAUCGAUAUCGAUAAGCGACUCUGGGAAUGGAAAGAAUCCGCACCAACCAAACAGGAGACUGGGGUUGCGUUUUCAAUUGAAUUUUUAGAAUUAAACUACUGGCAAUGCGUCAUCAUGCUUUACCGACAAAGCUUGAGUGUACCUCAAAUAUUCGAAGGUGAAUUCAAUACCAGUAACGAGGUCGAUAGUCCUAAUAUUCAUAAUGUUGAAUUGCGGGAGGAUGAGGAGCGGGUGUUUGUCAAGGUUGCGGAGGCUGGUCAGAGAGUCUUGAGGUUGUAUCGAAAGUUGCAUCGUGUACAUCUCGUCAAUUACACCUUCUUGGCGACGCAUCACUUGUUCAUGGCUGGUAUAUCAUUUCUCUAUGCAAUUUGGCAUUCUCCGAUUGUGAGAAGCCGAUUGGUAAGUCAUCACUGGCAUGAUCUUGAAACAUAGCUAACAUUGGUAGACAUUGGAUGAAGUCGAUUUCACCAUUCUAGCCGCAACUUCCGUCCUGGGUGAUCUGAUCGAAAAAUGCCCUCCCGCGGAAGCAUGCCGUGAUGCAUUUGACCGGAUGUCAAAAGCUACAGUAAACAUGUGCAUGUCAACCACAGGGUUCAGUUCUUCCGUGGGAGGCAUUAAUUCCGGUCGCUAUUCUUCUAACCAUCGAUCCUCCAAUCACAACCGUCAAGACUCUACCGAAUUUAAUAACAACCGUCGACCAUCUCGCCCUCGACCGAAAUCGCAAUUCGAUAUGGGUCUCAAUGAUCUUCUUGGUCCUACAACGCCUACGUAUCCUAGUAUCGAAACGGAGUUUGAGAUGGGCGGUUCGUUUAGGGGGUCAGGACAGAGUGCUGGCGCAGUCCAUUCCUCGCCGCCCGAGUACGUGGUCUCACCUACGAUCUCCAAUGUUGAUGCUUCAGUCAUUGAUCCCAGUCUCCUUCCCUCACCAAGCGCUCCACCUACUUCUGCCUUUCCACCGAAUUCCUUCCCUCCCCUGACUACAACCGCUCCAAAUCCAUAUCCUCCUCAACAAGUAAUGGAUUUCUCGUUUGCUAAUGCACCUGGUAUGGAUUUUCUGAAUGAUGGUGCGGCGACCGUGGGUAAUGGCAAUAAUGGCUGGUCGGAAAUGGGGGCUGCGGGUGGUGGUGUGGUUGAUGGGGGUUGGAAUGGAGAUUUGGGAUUGGGACUUGGUUGGGAGGGUGCAGAUCAUGAUUUUAGUGAGGGGGGAAAUGGGGGAGUCGAUCUGUUUGAUGGGUUCUUCUUUGGUGGAACUGGGGGAUUUUAGAACUCGAAAGUCGAAAGGGUGGCGUACAUUGAAGAGCGGAUGGAUAGAUGGAUGGGGUGGAUGAUGGGAUUUUGUGUGUGCUUCUGCUCGUAACUUAUCCUUGGGUGUUCUUCGUUCGUUUUUGCCUUUUAGCACCUUGAUGAUCUGAUGGCUUCUUUCGGCGUUUUCUUCUUCUGGGUUCGCGGGUUCGGGUCUGGGAAAAGCGCGUCAUUGUUUUCACUUUUUUUCUUAUGUGGGGAGGGGAUUCGUUUUUCUUUAUUUGUUUAUGGAUGGAUAGAUGGAUGGAAGCACGCAUCGAUGCAGCUUUGUUAUUUGAUGAGGGGACUUGGGGUGUGGAGGCGGGUUGAGGAUGGAUAUGGGCUGAUGAUGUUUGUUAUGGGCUCAAGGGGACUAGGGUUUAGGUGAUGGGAUGGGAUAGGGAGUAGGUGAUACGGCCAUGGGAUUAUCAAUUAGGUGAUGGGUGAUGGGUGAUGGGUGAUGGGUGGACGUACGUGGAACAUGAUUACAGAUAUGAUAUAGUACACUGUACAUAGUGGACAGAGAAGAGCAGAACAGAGCAGAGCAGAGUGAGAAUACAGAG